AUGGAAGAUGCAUUAGAAGAAGUUCGAACGAUUUUGCUUAGGACGGAUGAUUCGAUCAGAUUAGAAGAUGGAUUUCAAAGACUCGAUGUUAAUCAAACUGAAGCUGUAACGGGAGCAGAAGAAUUUGACAACUUUUUGGGAUCAACACCAGAUGAAGUGAAAUUAACCGAAACCGAAAGAACAAGAGUUAAUCUCUUAAUCCCGAUCAUCCGAUUAUGUAGACUCUUAAGUCUAAGAUUAGUGAACCCAACCCAACCAAACUUAAGUCUAUUAAAAUCCAUUCCAACAGAACAAAUUGAAAAGUUCAUUCAUCUUAUCGAAAGCUUUCCAGAACAUAUAGAUGAAUUAGUUUCAGAAUUAGAUCUUUCACCUCAUUCGAAAGCUUUGAUUUCGAAAACUCUUGAUGAAUUAUUGGCCGAUUCGCAUCAAUUGAUUUCAGGUUUGAAAGUCGAUCAGAUUGGGUUGGAUGGAAAAGAUUUGAAAUGGUUUGGGAUUUGGAAGGAUCAGAUGAAGAAUGCUUCGAGUGCUUUACUUGAAGCGUUUGAUUGA